AUGGCGUCGACGAUGCCCGUUCCCGCAAUCAACCUUGAAGAAGAGGCGGAAGGCGGCGGUGCAGCCGUAGGCGGUUCCAUUUUCGUAGCGGAUGGUGAGGCUUCGAGCUUGCUCGUCUGUUACUCUCCGUUCGACGAAGACAGGGACAUCGAUUGCAAUCCUUAUUUCCCUUUCGCAGACCCGAUAUCAGAUUCUGGGUCAGGUUCUUACACGGAUUCAGAGCCCGAUCCGUACAUCUGUCCCAUCGAUUUCUUCGAUCGAGAGUCUUCCGAGGUUGACGCGACUGAGUACUUGGAAUCGGAAGGGCUGGCCGCCGAAGAUUUCAACAUAUGGGGCUUUUAUGACCCGAAGGAAGACGAGGAGGAGAUAGUUCUGGGGACUAGGUGCGUGUCGGGAUCCGGUUCAGAUCAGCAACCCGGUGACUCAGGCGAGCAAGGGCUUCGAGUGACCGGCAUCGAUUCAGAUUCCGAUGAUGAAGAUGGCGUGUUCGGUUUAACCUCCGGGGAAAAUGACUCGGUUGGUACGGAUCUUCCGCCUGUCUGGGAUUACGCCUUGGGUGAGGAAACAAUGUCAGCUGAUGAAGAAUGGGAGGAGGCGAUUAACUGGACGAUUAGGGGUUUGAGUAGAUCCGAAGAUGAAGAAGAAGAAUCGUCUUCACCAUCAAGGGAUGAUGAAGAAGAAGAUGCACUGGACUGGCAGGUUUUGUUAACUGUUAACAAUGUCGUUAAUUAUAUCGAACAAGCCGAAGGAAUCAUGAUAAACCCUGGCGAUAUCGACCCGAGUUAUUACCUGUAUCUGGCUAGUUUGGAUGAGAAUCGUAAUGGUGAUGAAGAUGCAAUCCUUGCGCAACUGUUUGAUGUGGGGGCUGGGAUCAGGGGAAAUCCUGCAGCUGCCAAAAGGGUGAUUGAGGAUCUCCCAGAAGUGGAACUUAGAGUGGAAGAAGGGAACAUGGUCUGUGCGGUCUGCAAAGAUGAAAUGGCGAUAGGGGAGAAAGUGAGGAGGCUUCCUUGUAGGCAUUGCUUUCAUGGAGACUGUAUUGUGCCUUGGUUAGGGAUACGGAACACUUGCCCGCUUUGUCGCUUUGAGCUUCCUACUGAUGAUCUUGACUCUUGA